AUGAGCAAUAUUGAUGAUUUCGUCCUAAGCGAAAACCUUUGUCAGCCAUACACUGGAAUCAGCAAGUUUUUCUCUAAAACUACCUUGAAGUGGUGGUGUAACAUAGAAAAUUUCACAAAAUUUACAUAUAAAAAAGACCCAACGUUAACAGCACAACAAGUACUUGAUCGAUACAUUCGAAACCUCGUUGAUAUUGCAACGAUCGAGAAAAUUAAUCCGAAUAUUAUACAACACAUCCACAAUCUUCGUAAAAAUAUUAUUAGAACAGAAUAUUUGAAAAUUAUCGGAGAUACCUUGACGCAAGAAAUACAUGAAGAUGCAAAACAAAGGAAGAAAAAAGUUAUUCGAACCCGAACAAAUUUUCAAAGCGCAAAAUCCAAUGAUAUAGAAAAUCGAAGAACAGCUGUAUAUAAUGACAGCUAUGAUUUGGAUGACGAAAUAAAUUUUUUCCAGAGUUCACAGCCAUCCAAUCUGUUCUUUAAGCGAGAUAAUUGCGUCGAAUGUCACGUGGAGAUUAAUAUCGCCGAAUUCAUGAGAUUUUGCCCGUACUGCGGAAGUAAAAUUGCUUCGUCUGAUGAUGUAAAUGAGUUUGAGGAUGAAGAAGAUGAAUUAGCUGAAUCGGAUCGUGAAACAGAUGAAAAUAAGGAUGAUGAAGAUCCUCCUAAAAUAAACAAAUUGGCUUUUCGCGAAGCAUACCAUGCUAUUCCAGAUAAUGCGAAGAUGCAUUUGAAGUCUGGAAAGAUAGUCGAAGAUGUUCUUUUCGAUUUCGCCAAAGAUAUGGAGCAUGAACACCAUGCACAUUCCUACAUUAUAAAUUAUGACGACGAAAAUGUCAAGGCAUUGUUCACUGAGACGGAGUGGAAUGAAUUAACCGAGGAUCGAAUUAAGGUUCCAGCUGUUCCGCUUGAAAUUGCAAAGGAGCUGGCGAGAUACGGAAAAAAAACAUUAAGUGAGCUUCGUAAUUCUGUGAUGACAUCGUAUUUACAAGAUGGGACCAUCUAUGAUAUCAAUAAGCACUACAAUCAGGAGUGGAUACAAAUGGCAGUGCGAACACUAGUAAAUCUAUAUGAAAAUAUAGAUUCCCCCUUAAUUAGAAACCAAUACGAAAAUUGGUUCACUGUCGCCCUUUUCGGGAUGUGCAUCGACCUCUGUAUGAGAGAUAUUCAAUUGGGCACGGAUAUUAAGAGGACCGAUGCAUCGUCACUAGCUAGUGCCAACAGGAAAAAUCGCGGUCGGUCAGGAAACAAAGGCAUCAGAAAAUUGAUAGGACGCAAAAUCGAUGGGAUAGUAUACAUAGUUGAUAGAACUCUUGAAGUGGGUGCAAUUGAAGCGGCGAGAUCAUUUUUGGGAGUUUCGGAUCGAAAAUAUCUUCUUGAAAAGUUCAAAAUGCCGAAAACACUUCGUGAUAUGUAUGCUGAUCUUGUGAGAACAGCGAAUUAUAACGAAGAAAAAGCUAAUAAUCUUCAAGUUUUCGGCAUUUUGCAUCUCGGUCUAUGGAUUCAGUUCACAAGAUUAUAUCGUGCCGGAGGAUCGAUUUGCAUUUUUCGGAAGGAUGCAGUAUCUCACCAUGUACAUAGCAAAUUCUCUGAAGAUGGAAUAAAAUCUUUUCUAAAAUUUCUGGCAGCAGUAUACCAACAUAAGCUUAUUAUAAGGGAUAACUUACACAUACUGAAUAUCCGGAAUGCAAAUAUUGAAUCAAGGGAAGAAGAUUUGCUAAAUGAUAUAUUAGAAGUUGGAAAUUAUUCUUCUACGUCACAAUCAUCAAUCGAAAAUUUUGCCGAUUCUUGGCCCACCCCAAGAAAGAAAAAGAGACCAAAAAGUGAAAAUUCGAAGAAAAAAAGUGCAAUAAAAAAGAGAAGGUUGUAG